AUGUCGCUACUCAAGAAUCUUUUAAACCUGAGAAGAGUACGAGCGCAGUGUAGAAACCCAUCGUCGAUAACGUUCGCUCGAUGGUCAGGGGUGUCUCCAGAGAGGGGGGCGCCUGUUUUCGUGUACUCUGCCAGUGGUGACGAAGAAUCACUGGUAGGGGCUUGCUUAGCUAGAUGUCACGAGCUAGAGGACUGUGCGGCAGUGGUGGUGGCGUAUGGCAAAGGCAACUGCCACGGGGUGGCUGUCACACAGGAAGACAACCUACGACCUGACAACGACGUCGCUUACUUCAAGAAGAUUUGCUUGGAACGGCCUGCUCGAUGUCGCCAGCGAUGGUGGGCUGUAGAAACGACACCAGGCUACCAUCUGCAUUCAGACGGUCCCGAUUUGAAAGUGAUCAUCAAUGCUACCAUGACCGAAUGCUACGAAGCAGUACUUUCAGUAAAUGGCAAGCAGAAGUAUCGGUCAGCACAAUGGGUCGGCCUUGAAGGAACAUUGGACAUAGAGAUGAUUAAGACUUCCGAUUACGUGUUGGGAAACUGUGUCCUGCACUCUGAAGAUAAAUUUACCGAACCGGAGUCCUAUCGCGUCUCCAAUUACUAUACGUUUUAUAUUGAAAACCAGUGUAGACAUGACUAUCCAAAGAAGAUAGACCGAUGUUCGUACGAGGAAUAUUACAAUCAAACUUUGAAGCACGUAGAGUUAACUAUGAAGAAUUACACCAAAGAUGAGUGUAAAACGAUAUGUGAAUUAGAAGAUCGAUUCGUCUGCCGAGGCUUCACGUGGACCUCGCUGAAGCAGACGGGACGAGGACUUUGUGACCUACACAGCGAGGAUCUUCUUACAACGGGCUCUUGGUUGCUGCGUAGGACAUCUGGCGCUACUUAUUAUCGCAGGGUUAUUUGUCUUAAUAUAAGCGUCGAGUGUGAAGGAAACAACCUCGUUGUAAAGUAUCGACCUCGUGGUUUGUUUAGAGGCAGAGUUUAUGUACCGGGGCGCGGCGAGCAAUGUAGCGCGCAAGCGAUCAAUGGUGUUGUGAAUUUAUCAUUACCUCUUUAUGGAGAUUGUGAUGUCAAUUUUGCUUAUGCAAUUUCAAAUGGGCCCACUGGGCUUGUCAACAGUAUCACGCACUUUGUCAUUGAAUUUGCAGAAGAGGCUGAAAUCGAAGCGUAUCAUUUGGUGGCGUCUUCGAGGUUAGGCGACAGUUCUGUCUUGUUACUGGACAGUAAGGGUUGCCCUACAGGACAAGUGGAUUUCCCCCAAUUUUCUAGAUCUUCGUUGAACGGAUUACAACGAUUGUCAGCUCGAUUUAAGGCGUUCCGCUUCCCAACUUCACAUGUUGUGCGAUUCGCACUCAUGGUGCGGUUCUGCGACAAAACGUGUCCUCGAACGAUUUGCAGUUCUCCCCAAACUAGAACUGCUCGUGAAACGAAUGACACAUUGUACAACUGGAAUGAGGACGCAGUUACAGCUGUAGUGCAAGAGGACGAAGCCUGGGACCAGCCGCAGGGUGCCGGCGUAGUGGCGCAAGGGGGAACUGCUGGGUGCGGGGGAGGGAAGGGAAGGGUGCCCCUAGAGCUCGAAAUGGUUGUCGGUUCUAGAGACAUCAUAUCAGCCGACACAUUAGUUCGUGCUGAUCAUAGAGUUCCAGCUGAUGAGGUAAAGGUGGUGGAUGGUGCCAUGGUGUGCGUCCACGAAUUACUCCUACUGGCUUUAGCCUUAGCGUGGCUGGCUGUACAGGUUCUUCUACUUCUAGGAUGCUGCGUACUUGUUAACAGGUAUCGCAAUCUAGCCGAAAUGAACAUGCAGAAGGAUUACCACUCAUUCGACAACGUUGGUUUUGACACGGUCUCCACUCACCGCCGCGUGCAUUGGCCAGAUCAAAAUAUUGAUAUACUCCAUUCUUAAGGAAAAUGAAAAUCGAUGGAGAAUUUUUGGACGUGGAAGGGGGUAAUACAGUACCAAAGAAAGCAGCUAUUUGUGUAACCAGUAUUUGCUAAAGUGACAAAAGGGUUCAAUAAAAUAUUUGGUAUACAGGGUUAUUUGUAAAAUACUAAUAGCCUCGCAGGACUAUAUUACAUCAUAAACAAUAACUUUUGUCCCAUAACAUUUUACAAAACAUUUUAAGUUUUUGUUGGACUAUCUGACACGAUUUAGAUCUGUUUCUGAGAGUAAAGUUCAAACGUGCAAGCGUCCUCCCCGACAAUUAGUGGUGAACACAGAACACUAUACUCACAGGCGAUGAGCGACUUUGAAUGUUACUAAUACUAAUCAUUCGAAUGGGCAAAUCAUUCGCCUAAUUCGAACCCAAGCACAAUCAUUCGACUCGAGUCGAAUGAUUACCGUUACUGAAUGCCUCUGCCAUUCGAUCGGGUGCACGAGUCGAAUAAUUAUUAUGUCGGAACUCUCGGAACUCGAUCAUUCACCAUAUCCACAUCAAAUAUCCGUCUCCGUCACAUUUACAGUAUUUUACAUAUGUCAGAGAGGGCUCGGUAGAAAUGCUCUAUUUAAUCUACGAAUUAGUAAUGAAUGAUCAUUCAGAUCAUUCGAAUACGAAAAUUAGUAGGUUACUAAUUUGUAAUUCGAAUAACAGGAUUAGUAAUUACUAUCGAGUCGAAUAUCGAAAACAUUCGCAGUGGCCCAUGGCUACCGACAACCCCGUACCCCGCGCUCCUGCGUUUUACAUAGUAAAUAUUACGAUACGUAAUAAAGCAUUGAGUAAGUAUUGAGUUUAGUGAUCUAUUUCAGAAUUUGUGUUUUUGUAUAAAAGUAAAAUGUGAAACUAAAAAUCAUGGAACAAAAGUUGUUGUUUAUGAUGUUAGUAGGCAAUAUAGUCCUGCGAGGUUGUUUUUGUUGUUGUUUAGUAUUUUAUAAAUAACCCUAUAUAAAAGUAUCCAUGAAUUUGAUGUAUUAUAAUUAAAAAAUAAAACUACUUUUUUGCGUUUAGGUACGCAGCGACAAUAGCACCUUUGUAUAUAAAAUUAAAAACAAAUUUUGCAAUUCAAUUAUUUUUCUGUUUAUAAUCGUUUUAUAUCUUGGACCUUGUAUCCCAAAAUAUAAUUGAACUCUUUUAUAAAAAGGAAGAUUUUAUUACAAUCUAAAGAUAUUUUUAUUUACUUCGUGAGUGCGUAUGCGUAUCGUGUAGACCAUUUUCAAGAAAUAUAUUCUUAGCUGUCAUCGAAAUAUGUAUCUGAUGUUUUCUAUUAUAUAGUAGUAAAUUCAGUUAUUGGCACUGUUACUUUAAUGUUUUUACCUUAUAAGCUGCCAAUAAUGAAAAAAGCGUCAGGGUAGUUUUCAGGUUAGUUUUCUCUACCUAAUUUCGGUGGCAAUUUUUAUUACUUAAAAAGUAUAG